CAUGUCCUUUCCACCAAGUUUCCACGACCAGGCCGAGUUGAGCCCUCUUGAAUUCUCUAUAUAUACCCCAGUUUUUGCCUUCAUUCAGCAACUUCUUGGGUUUUAGUUUUACUGGCUACUGCUACAAGGAUUUUCAAGAAAGAUUGAAAUAGUCUAAAGCUUAUACAAGUUUCUAGCUAAAUCACCUGGUCAAUAAAUUUGAAGGAGACUGUCAAGAAGGACCCGUUCGAUCAAGGCGGCUAUGGAUUAUUCAUCGUGGGUUGAUACUUCUCUGGAUCUUAAUAUUAAUCCUUUAAGAGUGAAAAGUGAAGUUCCGGUAGAUGCAGAAAGAUUUGGGAUGGCAAGAGAAUUGAAACCCACUUUCAUGGAUUUUCAGACCAAGCCUUCAGCCAAAGAAGAGACCGGAGCUUUGGUAGUGGAACUGAACCGAGUGAGCGAAGAAAACAGGAAGUUAACUGAAAUGCUAACUGUGAUGUGUGAGAGCUACAAUGCUUUAAGAAGCCAGUUGAUGGAUUACAUGAGCAACAAUGGAGAAAAGGAGCUUCUUGCCCCAUCAAAGAAAAGAAAGUCUGAAAGCAGCAACAACAACGAUAAUAACAUUGCAAUGAAUGGGCGCUCUGAGAGUAGCUCAACUGAUGAAGAAUCAUCCAAGAAACCAAGGGAAGAAGUCAUUAAAGAUAAGAUUUCGAAGGCUUAUGUCAGGACUGAAGCUGGUGAUACAAGCCUUAUUGUGAAAGAUGGAUAUCAAUGGAGGAAAUAUGGCCAAAAAGUCACAAGAGAUAACCCUUGUCCGAGAGCUUACUUCAAGUGCUCUUUUGCUCCAAGCUGCCCUGUGAAAAAGAAGGUUCAAAGGAGUAUCGAUGACCAAUCUAUUCUAGUGGCAACUUAUGAAGGAGAGCACAACCAUCCACAUCCUUCAAUGGAGGCAACAUCAGGUUCAAACCGUAGUCUAACACUCGGUCCAGUACCCUGCAUAGCCUCCCUAGCCUCAUCUGGGCCAACCAUUACUCUUGAUCUCACAAAAUCGAAGUCAAGCAAUGAUGACAGGAGUUCAAAACCAAGAGCGGAUACGCCUGAAGUCCGGAAAUUCUUGGUGGAGCAGAUGGCCUCUUCGCUAACGAAAGAUCCCAAUUUCACAGCAGCACUGGCCGCAGCAAUCUCAGGAAGAAUGUUUCAGCAAAAUCACAGCGAGAAGUGGUGAAAUUUCAGCUUAGAUAGGAAAAGAAUCAGCUCCUACCAAACUUUAGUUGGAGUUUUAUAAAUUAUGUAGGGUUCCAUGGACCAUUUUGAAUUUUGCAAUGUAUUUGUAAAUACAUCAUUUGAUACAUGGGGGAACAAAAGGUCCCAAGGACGAUGGCACCUUGAGGACUGUAUAUGAUUACAUGAAGAAUCCAAAACUCAUUUUGAGAUUCAAUAGUUGGAUUUGGGUUUUUUCCCAUUUAAUGGAUAAUGGUCUAUUUUUAAU